AUGGUCAGUCAGUGUGACCUGGCUGGCAGUGAUCGGGUGUGUGUGAGCAGUCAGUGUGACCUGGCUGGCAGUGAUCAGGUGUGUCUGAACAGUCAGUGUGACCUGGCUGGCAGUGAUCGGGUGUGUGUGAGCAGUCAGUGUGACCUGGCUGGCAGUGAUCAGGUGUGUGUGAGCAGUCAGUGUGACCUGGCUGGCAGUGAUCAGGUGUGUGUGAGCAGUCAGUGUGACCUGGCUGGCAGUGAUCAGGUGUGUCUGAGCAGUCAGUGUGACCUGGCUGGCAGUGAUCAGGUGUGUCUGAGCAGUCAGUGUGACAGUCAGUGUGACAGUCAGUGUGACCUGGCAGUGAUCAGGAUCACAUACAAGACAGCCUAUAGACAAGGGGUGAAGCUGGCCUACAGGAGGCGAUACCAGUGCUGCCCUGGCUACUACGAGAGCAGAGACACCUGUGUUCCCCGCUGUACCCGGGAGUGUGUCCACGGGCGCUGCCAGGCUCCUGACCGGUGCCAGUGUGAGCCGGGCUGGGGAGGGGAGGACUGCUCCAGCUCCUGCGAUGGGCAGCACUGGGGUCCAGCCUGUCAGAAGGAGUGUGCGUGUCAGAACGGGGGCCGCUGUGACCCGCUGUCUGGGGCCUGCUUCUGUCCCCACGGUUACAAAGGCUCCCGCUGCGAGGACCCCUGCCCCCCGGGGACCUAUGGUCAGGGCUGUCAGCACGAGUGCCUGUGUGGAAGCGGAGGCACGUGUGACAGGGGGACCGGGGAGUGCCGCUGUGCAGAGGACUUCACCGGGACAUACUGCAAGGUCCCGUGUGAGCCGGGGAACUGCCCGCCCCGCUGCUCCUGUCAGAGCGGAGGGCACUGCCAGGGUGAAGGGAACUGCGUCUGCCCGCCGGGCUGGAUGGGCUCAGUCUGCACAGUGCCGUGUCCUGAAGGGCGAUUCGGACUCAACUGCUCCCAGGACUGUCAGUGUCACAACAAUGGACAGUGUGACCCGGUCAGUGGACACUGUCACUGCGCUAAGGGCUACACGGGGGACAGGUGUCGAGAGGAGUGCCCGGUGGGUCGAUACGGUCAGGACUGUGCCGAGUCGUGUGACUGCGUGAAUGGGGCGCGCUGUUUCCAUAUCAACGGGGCGUGUCUGUGUGAGCAUGGGUUCCGUGGGCCGCGCUGCGAGGAGAGAAUGUGUCUGCCGGGCCUGUACGGGGUGCACUGUGACCUGGCCUGCCUCUGCCACCCCACACACACUCUGAGUUGUCACCCGAUGAAGGGGGAGUGCACCUGCAGGCCGGGCUGGGCGGGGCUCCUGUGCAACGAGACCUGCCCUCAGGGGUACUUUGGGACAGGCUGCCAGGAGAUCUGCCUCUGCCUGAACGGGGGCGUCUGCGACAGCGAGACGGGACAGUGCCAGUGCGCGCCAGGGUAUAGGGGGGAGCACUGCUCCAGCCACUGCCUGCCUGGCUCUUUUGGCAUGAACUGCUCGUCCCGCUGCUCCUGCAAGAACUCCGUGGCCUGCUCCCCCAUCGACGGGAGCUGCUUCUGCAGGGAGGGAUGGCGAGGGUCGGACUGUUCCACUCCAUGCUCCAAGGGCACUUGGGGCCCCGGCUGCAAUGGUACGUGCCAGUGUGCCAACGGGGCGGCCUGCAACCACCUGGAUGGGUCAUGCAGCUGUACCGCGGGCUGGCAGGGGGCGAGCUGCCAGCUGCCCUGCCCUGAAGGCACACACGGGCCGAGCUGCGGGCGGCGCUGUGACUGCCAGCACGCCGAUCACUGUGACCCUGUCAGCGGGGAGUGCCAGUGUCUGCCAGCAUGGAUGGGCACUCUCUGCGACAGGCCCUGUGAGGAGGGGCGCUGGGGGCGGAGCUGCAACAUGAGCUGCUCCUGCAACAAUGGCGCCACCUGUCUGCCAACCACUGGGAACUGCGCCUGCGCCCCUGGGUUCAGGGGACCCCACUGCCAGCAUGCUUGUCCCUCUGGUUACUACGGUCCCCAGUGCAGCCGGGAGUGUCCGCAGUGUCCUCACAGCAGUGUCCCCUGUCACCAUGUCACUGGACACUGCGAGUGCAGCCCUGGCUUCACCGGCCCUCUCUGCAAUCAAGCGUGCUCUCCAGGGUCCUGGGGUCUACGCUGUGCUCACGACUGUCGCUGUCUGAAUGGGGGAGUCUGCAACCCUGCUGAUGGAGAGUGCGAGUGCGCCCCAGGCUUCAGCGGCAAAUACUGCAGCCAGCGGUGUCGUCCUGGAACGUUUGGGCUGCACUGCCUCCAGCCCUGCCUGUGCCCCCACAACGUCUCUUGUGACCCCAUGACUGGGGACUGUGCCUGUGAGCAGGACGGGACGGGGGACUGUCGCAACGCUGAGCGAGAGGGAGGAGGAGGCAGCAGCGCGGUGGUCCCAGUAGCCCCCGUGGAGAGGGACUCUGUGGGGGCCAUCGCUGGCAUCGUUGUCCUAGUCAUGCUGGUGCUGCUGCUGCUCCUGCUGCUCCUGCUGUACCGCUGCAGACACAAGAGCAAGCAGGGCCGGGUCCCCGCUGUCGCCUACUCCACAGCCAGAGUGGUGAACUCGGAGUACGAGGUGCCAGAUAUCCCUUACAGUUACCAUCACUACUACUCGAACCCCAGCUACCACACCCUGCCCCAGUGUGGCCUCGCCCCUCCGCACCUACCCAACAACCUGGAAAGGGUUAACUCCGUCAAGACCACCAAUAAUCAGCUUUUCUCCAAUAUAAAGAACAUGGAGAGGGAGAGGCUGGGGCCCUUCGGACCGGAGUGCAACGCCACACUGCCAGCAGACUGGAAACACCACGCCAGCGGCAUCCACAAGGACAUAGGAGCCAUUGGGAUAGACAGAAGCUACAGCUACAGCAACAGCCUGGGGAAAUACUACAACAAAGACCCGUCUCUGGACCUGAGCAGCAGCUCCCUGAGCAGUGAGAACCCGUACGCCACCAUCAAGGACCUGCCGGUGCUGGUGGGCAGGUUCUCGGAGAGCAGCUACAUGGAGAUGAAGGGCCCGGGGCAGCGGGAGAGCUCCUACACCGAGACCGGGCUCCUCAUGCAGCAGCAGCAGCCAGGCCGAGAGCGCAGUUCGUUAGCGGAGGUUCCAGAACACGCAGUUCCGAGGCACUACGACUUACCGAAGAACAGCCACAUCCCCAGCCACUACGACCUGCCCCCAGUCCGACACUGCCCUCCCUCCCCACACACCAAGAGGCUGGACCGGUGAGAGCCAACCCCAGAACCAGACCCAAUACCAGCGCCAGCCCAAGCACCAGAACCAGAACCAGCCCCAGACCCAACAGUUCUAACGUUGAAUAACCAUCAUAUUCAACGCUUUUUUUAAACAGUAUUUUGGAAACUGUCUUGCCUGCAUUUAAAUCUAGUGACAGGACUUGCUAUUACCUCAAAUUUGAACUUGGGUGACGAACUAGUGUGGUCCUGAGGGAUGCCAUCGUGUGCUGUAUAAAAUUCACACAGACAUUUCACAGACAUUACACAUAUUGCAAACGGGCUGCUGUGUGCUUGUUUUGUAUAUAGUGUACAUAAUGGGUUUUGUUUUGAUUUAAAAAAAAAAAAAAAAAACAGAAUACACAUUGUACCUGCAAUGAUUUUUGCUGUGUUUAAAUAAAAUGUAAAAAAAUAA